AUGCUUCAUGAUCGGAUCAUCUCCGACAAGUAUGAGGACCUCGACCAGGACAAGGGCGACGUUGUCUUCUACUUUGGCUCGAACAGCCAUGCCAUCGAUGAUCCGGACAAUCCCAGUCCAUCGACUUCUGGCACAAAGGCUCUCCAGGCCUCUUGGGCUACCAAUCUUCCCGUUCGGGUCCUGCGUUCAGGCGGCUCAACCAAAGGCCCCAAAGGAAAGAACAAGUAUCUUCCACCCUGCAAGAUCCGGUACGAUGAAUAG